UGCAGCGAACGGGCUGUAGGCCGGGACCCGUAAUCUCACCGAAUAUGCAAAGCUGCACGAGAGACCGGAUGACCGGCGGAGGCGUCUGAGCCGAUCGCCUCGUUCCAACGUUUUCCCUUCACGGAAAAAGGAAGAAGUCGAAGGGAAAACUGGCACGCUUUUUUUUUUUUUUUUGUAACGCUCAUUACAACACGGAUCAUUAACGGUCGGGAUGGAGUGGACGUGAUGGAGGACACACAACAACAACAACAACAAUCCGUCUGUCAUUAGGUGAUCAUUUGAGGGCGCAGUGCUCGAGGGAGUAAAUCCACCUGUCACCUGCUGGAGCUGCUCUCCGUCAUCAUGUCGUCCACUGAAGCCACGGCACCGACCGGCGUUCCAAAGGGAUGUGGUUCCGACAUCAGCUCCAUAUAUUACAACCUGUGUGACCUGACUACAGUGUGGGGGGUCGUGGUGGAGGCGUUUGCCGCUGCUGGCGUGGUGACCUCCUUCAUUCUGUUGGUCGUCCUCAUGGCCAGUUUACCGUUUGCCACCGACAAGAAGAGAAAAGUUACGGUGGCCCUGCAGGCCGGCGUGCUGGUCUUCACGCUGGGACUCUUCGGGCUCACCUUCGCCUUCGUCGUGGAGCGCUACUCCACCAGCUGUGCCGCUCGGCGGUUCCUCUUCGGAGUGCUGUUCUCGGGCUGCCUGGCCUGCCUGGUGAUGCACGCGCUGUGGCUCGCCCUGGUGGAGCGGAAGGGCCGGGGCCCCAGGAGCUGGAUGCUGUGCCUGGGUGCCCUGGGUCUGUGGAUGGUCGAGGUGAUCAUCAACACCGAGUGGCUCGUCAUCACCGUGGCCAGGAGCCCGGUCGACGUCCCCGACCUGUCCUGCAGCAUCGCUAACCGCGACUUUGUGAUGGCACUGAUCUACGUCAUGGCUCUGCUGCUGGCGGUGAUGCUGACCGCUGUGCCCUCACUGACGCACAAGCAGGCCCGGUGGCGGCGAGAUGGAGCCUUCAUCCUGGUCUCUGGGAUCUUCAGCGUGGCUAUCUGGGUAGCUUGGAUCGUCAUGUACGUCUAUGGGAACCAAGUCCUCGAGAAUCCCGGUUGGGACGAUCCAACUCUGGCCGUAGCCGUGGUGUCCAAUGCCUGGGUGUUCCUCGUCCUCUACGCCAUCCCAGAAAUCUGCUUACUGACCCAGGAGGACCCAGAUCAGGAGCUGCCGAUCGAUGGAGAUCCCGUUUAUCCCGCCGGGAGCGUCCGUUAUGACAACAUCCUUAGGGAGCCGGAGCCACCAAAGCAGAACCUGUACAUGGAGAAUACUGCCUUUACUAUGGAUGAGCCUCCAAUGGAACCCACAAAGCCCGUGUCUCCAUAUGGCGCUUACAACGGUCGGCUACGAAGCUGCGUGUACCAGCCCACUGAACUAGCCCUGAUCGCCAGGGGUCUGACCAAGAUGGACCAGGGCGCCAUGACGCCUUGGGCUCCGGACCCCUCUCCGAGCCAAGGAAGCGACAGCUCCCUGCGUCGGCCCAUGCGGCCCUCGUCGCCCUGAGGGCUCUCUGGGGCGAUAGGUCUCCACUCACAAUGCCUUGUAUCAAAUGUAACGUAGGCCUCCUUUCUCUUCCUGAGCUCGCAGUAGUUUGAACCAGCUCCUCUCACUUUGUUUUGUACUUUAUUUUCUCUCAUGUCGUCUGGACCGAGUGUCAUUUGUAAAAGAUUAAAAAGGCACCAAUAAUAUUGGUUGCAUGGGCAGCAGUGAGGCUGUUAUGCUUAAAUAAGGUUUUCUAUUCAAUGUUCAUUGUCAUUUUAACUAUACAGGCCCAACAGCCUAUUAACGCAAACUAAAACCAGCUUUGCUUACUUAUGGCCCGAAUCUCAAAGACACAACUGAGAGAAAAAGCAGUGUUUUUAUACCUCUAUGGAAAAGCAAUGAUUAUAUCUUUUUACAUUAAUACAAAGAUGAUAUCUCAAAGUGGAACUAUGUAAACAUUCUGACCUACAGAGGGUUGAUGGGGGAAAAACAAGAAACAAGUUAGGUGCCCUGGAAAGCAAAAAGUCUACAAUUAAGCAAAUAUACAUACAUGUACUUUUUAUUUACAAACUCUGAAAGUUGUUUUUUUUCCACCAAUAUGCUUUUAGCUAUCACAAAUGAACCGACUAGUUAAUCUGUUGUAAACUAUACUUUGUUCACAUGUGACCAAAGAGAUAUGAUUGUGAUAUGAUUCAGACUUAGUAUGAAAGCAAAAUAAUUGACUUUUAAAACCUGUAAUCUAAUGUAAAAGUAUUUAACUCAACAUAUAAAAGGUUACUUAAAUACCA